GCAGUAAAUGCAGCAACACUCAGGGAAAUGACACACUAGACUUCAAUAUAGACAUAGCAGCUGAGAGAGGACUGCGCUCUGGCUGGAUAAUGUCUGACAUCCCUAUCACAAACUGGGGAAUAAAGUCUACCAUACCAUACCAAUUUUAUUAUAAAGCACUUAAAAAGCAAUGCAAAAAGUGCUGAACAGCAGUAAAAUAAGGAUAACGGACGUUAAAGACAAUACAUACAUAAAGUUAAAACAGGGCGGAUAGACGAAAAGAAAAAAAAGAGAAAAAGUCUGACAGUGAAAGUGGUUCAUUGAGCACAUACUAAAUUUAAAAUCGUUUCUCAACAAUAAAUACACAAAUGUGGUUUAACAAACACAGAUUUUACUCUGAAUGGGCAAAAGACAAGAGAUUAAUGUAUUUAAUGCAGAAUGUAUUUAUUUUUUAUUUACCUGGUAACAGCCACCGUGACUUCCGGUAGGUGUCACAUUCAAAUCGGUCCCUUCAGAGAUUAGUUCCUACAGAGAUAAACAAAGCUCUCAGCUCCACACCCUUAUUUAUUUAUGUGACUUCUUUGAUUUGGUAAUAACGCCAUAAACCCGCGAUGCUUCCUCUCUCCAAUGUCAAAACGGCGCCCCGCGACGUGUCGUGAUUUGGUUCCGUCGCGCAGCCGCGGACGCGAGCGCGCAGCCCGGCGGGCGGCUCCAGCAGGCUGGCCAGACAUGACCAGCGCGUUUGCUUCUGGAUGCUAAAGCAGGUUCUGUCGAAACGAGUUCCGGUAGUUGUUGCGAUUCUCCAUGGACGAACACAAACUCUGAAACAGAAUUGUCGAAUCAAGUGACCUGCCAGCGAGGAUGACUGCCAUGCGUGUGGACGCCAAAGUGGUGAUGCUGGGGAAGGAGAGCGUCGGCAAAACCAGCCUGGUAGAGCGAUACGUUCAUCACCGCUUCCUGGUGGGACCGUACCAAAAUACGAUCGGAGCGGCGUUUGUCGCCAAGCCCAUCCAGGUGGGGGAGAAGGUGAUCACGCUGGGGCUGUGGGACACAGCUGGGUCCGAGCGCUACGAAGCCAUGAGCCGAAUCUACUACAGAGGAGCGCGAGCUGCCAUCGUCUGCUAUGACUUGACAGACAGCAGCAGCUUCCAGCGAGCUCGCUUCUGGGUCCAGGAGCUGCAGAACUGUGAAGAGCACUGUAAGAUCUACCUGUGUGGGACCAAGAGCGACCUGAUCGAAGCAGACCGGGGUCUCCGCCAGAUCGACUACCACGACGCUCAAGACUUUGCUGAAGAGAUCGGAGCCCAGCACUUCGAGACCUCCAGUAAAACUGCAAAGAACGUGGACGAGUUGUUCCAGAAAGUAGCUGAAGACUACAACAGCGCUGCCUUCCAGUUCAUGACUGAGGAAACCGGCGUGGACUUGGGUCAGAAGAAGGACUCGUACUUCUACUCCUGUUGCCAUAACAACUGACAGCGAUCCUGGCGAAGGCUGGACGCACAAACACGGUCACUGGAAGCUUUUAAAAGACCUGUUGUCCUGCGCCACUACGAACUGAAGGUGGCGCUGUUUGGCGGCGAUUCCCCCAGGGACGUCUCGCGACACCUUCUUGCUGGACUGCGCAGAUGGCGCCCUCUGCUGCCUGUCAUUGUUACGGGGUGAUUUGUUUACAGUUUGUUCACCUGGAUUAUUUAAGCAAACGAAUGAAAGUCGACUCCACAAUACUCACCUGCAUGAUAAUGAAGUGUGUUCGGGUUCCGUAGCUGCACGAACGGAACACGAACCUGCUCUCAUCGACCUCUCAACUCCGCGUGUUACGGUUACGACGAAUGUUCUCCGGUGUAUCUGUGAAUGUCGGACAGGAAUUUCGCCGACUCAGGCUUGGAAUUCCACUCCAGCUCACUAUUUUAUUGCCUUUUAUUGAGUUGCUGCCGGACGACGGACCGGUCACCGCUCCCGUUCAGUCACCAAACCUAUUUUUAUAUUUUGUUGGAUUAUCAUUAAAGUUUUGUCUUGAAGUUGAAACGUGUCCA